AUGCAAGUUGUUCUAGAAGAAUGCAAAAUUCAAAAAAAUUUUCCUUUUAACAUUGUAGUAGUACGAAAAAUGAAAACAAACAUUUCGAACUCAGAUUGCUAAAAUCGUAGUGUUUCAAUCAUCAAAAUCAAAUGUCAUCUUGAAGCCAGCAGCUCGGGUGUUAAUCAAAAAACCUCUUGGAGAAGUUAUGCCCGUAAGGGUUGAAUUGGUACCACCACCUCCUGCGAAUUCUGGACAACCUGGUAUCACUCGUUCAUUGCUAUAUAAUGGCUCUAGAUUUCAAGGACAUCAAAAAUCCAAAGGAAACAGCUACGAAGUCGAAGUAAUCUUACAGCAUGUUGACGAAGAAAACUCAUAUUUAUGUGGAUAUCUGAAAAUCAAAGGACUAACCGAUGAAUUUCCAACCCUGACUACUUUUUUUGACGGCGAAAUAAUCAGUAAGAAAUAUCCAUUUCUAACGAGGAAGUGGGAUGCGGACGAAGAUGUAGAUAGAAAACACUGGGGUAAAUUCCAAUCAUUUUACCACUACGCUAAAAAUUUCAAUUCGGAUACAUUCGACUAUGAAGCCAUGCAGGCUAAUGAUUUCGUAUACAUGAGAUGGAAGGAACACUUCCUCGUUCCAGACCAUACGAUUAAAGAUAUAAACGGAGCAUCGUUCGCGGGUUUUUAUUAUAUUUGUUUUCAGAAAUCCGCAGCCACCAUAGAAGGAUAUUAUUAUCAUCGAAGUUCCGAAUGGUACCAAUCGUUGAAUUUACACCACGUCCCAGAACACAGUAUACAAAUAUACGAAUUCAGAUGAAUAAGCUUUUUCUUCUGUCAUUGCUGCAAACGCCAUCGACAUUCGAAUUUCAGAAAAACCAUCGCGCUUUUUGUUCUUUUAUAUUUUCGACAUCUUUCGACAAGUUUUUCCCUCUCAGCUGAACGUUAUUAUUAGCUGUUUGUUUUCGUCUGAACUUAUACCCAAUUAUUUAUUAUACAAUAAAGACGUUAAAAAAAAAAAAGAGAAAACUUGAAAGAAUAUAUAAAGUAUAGUAGAAGAUUAAUUUUUUUUAAAAAGAUUUUGUCCGGUCAUAUUGUUAACAACUUGUAACUUUAUAUAAGAUACUUUCCUAUUUAUUUUAAACAUUAUAGAUUUGUAUGAUACGCUUUUUAAGUUUUAUGUUGUUUACUUUUUAAUUGAAUGUACAUGUAACAUUGAUCUUCGCUUGUUAUAUAUUUUUUGUAAUGACGAAUAAAACAAAAAUCUUGAUCUGAAUUUAUUCGUAAUUCAGAUUGUAA